UUUCCUCCUAUUUGGGUAAAACUCAGCCGACAAUUUCUUCAUUGUAGAGCAGCACCAGCCUUAGAGACAGAAUCUGGCCUUGGAUGUCCAACCCUUUUUCUUUGCAAGGGAGAGAAAGGCAGUAAGAGACGCAGGCAAAAGGCUACUUCAAGCCACCGAGGAAGGAUGUGGGCUCAUGCUGUUGGUUUUACUGUCCUGCCUCAUGUUGGAGGUUUGCUUGGCUGGUUCAUUAAUCGAAAAGGAAUACCUGUUUGGUACGAGAAGCUGAAAAAACCUUCAUGGUGUCCACCCCGCAAAAUAUUCCCUAUUGCUUGGACUGUCCUGUAUACUGGCAUGGGCUACGCCUCCUACCUGAUCUGGAACGAUCUGGGCGGCUGCAGCAGCAAAGCUAUCAUCCCGCUUGGCCUCUACGGGGCUCAGCUGGUCCUGAACUGGGCUUGGCCUCCCUUCUUCUUCGGUGCACGUAACCUGAAGAUGAGGCCAUAACUUAAUACCCCUGUACUCAAGAAGAUGGCAGAAAAGCAGGAGGAGCCCAGCAACACCCAGAAUGGCGAACCUGACAACGCAGAAGAGGGCGAGGAAAAAAAGAAGAAGAAGUUGAAGCGGGAAGACCUGCCACCGUUUGAAAUUGUGACAGGGGAGCGUCUCCCAGCCAUAUUUUUCAAAUUCCAGUUCAGGAACGUGGAAUACAGCUCAGGCAGGAACAAAACCUUCCUGUGUUAUGUUCUCGAGACCCAAGGCAAAGAGUCAGUGACGUCUCGGGGUUACCUGGAAGAUGAGCAUGCAGCCGCCCAUGCAGAAAUGGCUUUUUUCAACACGAUUUUACCCAAGUGCGAAUCAAGCCUCCGCUACAACAUCACCUGGUACGUCUCCUCCAGCCCCUGCGUGACCUGUGCUGAUCGGAUAACCGAGACCCUAAAGAAGAACAAGAACCUGCGUCUGACAAUCAUGGUAGGGCGCCUCUUCAUGUGGGAAGAUCCAGAAAUGCAGGCUGCCCUGAAGAAAAUGAAGUCAGCUGGCUGCAAGCUGAGGAUUAUGAAGCCUCAAGACUUUGAGUAUGUCUGGCAGAACUUUGUGGAACAGGAGGAAGGAGAGGAAGCAAAGGCUUUCGUGCCAUGGGAGGACAUUCAAGAGAACUUCCAGUAUUAUGAGGAAAAGUUGGCCGAGAUUUUGCACUGAAGCUCACGACCCAUUCAGAGAAGACCUAUGAAGAGAUGCAACAGACUCGGACAUCUGGGACACUCCUGCUUUCCAAAGCUUUGAUUCCAGCAGGGUGAAGCACCAACUUCUGGAAGACUAGGCCGAAUGGACUACACAACAGUAUACAACACAGAUCUUUGGUGUUUGGGAUUUUUUUGGUUUAUUUUGUUCCUCCCCCCCCGCCCCAAACCAACCCAUGCUGCCUCUGCCGAUAGCAAAAAAGGCAGCAACAUACCGCGUGGUUAAAGCCUUGAGUGAAACGGCUUGCAGUGGAAAGGAAAAGGGAAGACCGUAGGCCUCACAACCUGGGACUAAUUUACGAGAAAAGAUCUUAGAACAAAGCUGCCGCUUAGAUAUAUGCAUUUAGAAAGUACGUACUUCAUAAAUGUUAAAAAGGAUUUAAGAUUAGAAAAAGGUUUCCUUCUUCCAUCUUCCUCAAUAAUCAGAGCUGUGUUUUAAAUUAAGGCUAACUGGUCUAUUCUAAAUUAUGAUGGAGCCUUAAGUACUCGAUUUCAAACACAUCAAAUACCUUCUCCCCUUGUACAAUGACAUUUGUGAUAUAAAACUGGGAAAAGCAAAAUGAAAUAAAAUUGGAAAUCACUGCAAGAGCUAUA